CAGACGCGCGUCGAGCUCCACGCGUCCGUCGGCGCACGAAUGUUUUGGACGGAAAUCAGUUGUUCUUCUUAAGUGAGUCUUUAAUAAUCGAGUUUGUAUACCAUGCGCGAUACGACAGCAGAGGGGACCGCGGGUAUACGCGCGCCUGAUGGCGACCCGUGACCACAACGGGACUCACAAUGCCGAACCGAACCAAGUCCGCGACGCGAGAAAUGUUCACACGCGCGCUCACAGGAUGCCUGCUGUGCGCACUGAUUCUCUGGACACUGUUCGGGAACAUCCUGGUGUGCACUGCUGUGCUCCGGUUCCGUCACUUGCGCGCAAAAGUUACCAACAUUUUUAUCGUGUCUCUGGCGGUGUCGGACCUAUUCGUGGCCAUGCUGGUGAUGCCAUGGAAGGCGGUGGCUGAGGUGGCCGGAUUCUGGCCGUUCGGCUCGUAUUGUAACGUCUGGGUGGCGUUUGACAUCAUGUGCUCCACCGCUUCCAUCCUGAACCUGUGCGUCAUCAGCGUGGACCGAUACUGGGCCAUAAGCAGUCCGUUUCGCUACGAGCGCAAGAUGACCCAGCGCGUGGCUUUCGUGAUGAUCGGUGUGGCAUGGGCUCUGUCCAUCCUCAUCUCGUUCAUCCCGGUGCAGCUGAACUGGCACAAAGCCGCCACCGAAACGAACGCGAGCGGCGUCGCUCGGGCGUUGCGCGAAAACUGCGACUCGAGUUUGAACCGGGAGUACGCAAUCUCCUCGUCUCUCAUCAGCUUCUAUAUUCCCGUUGCCAUCAUGAUAGUCACUUACACGCGGAUCUACCGCAUCGCGCAGAUUCAGAUCCGGAGGAUAGCAUCGCUGGAGCGCGCGGCUGAGCACGCGCAAAGUUGCCGGACAAACCGGCUCGCAUGCCAACACCACAACACGCUAAAGACGUCCUUCAACCGAGAGACCAAAGUUCUGAAGACACUGUCCAUCAUCAUGGGCGUGUUCGUUUGCUGCUGGCUGCCCUUCUUCAUCCUCAACUGUGUGGUUCCGUUCUGUGACAAACCGAGUGGCGGUCCGAGCUCGGGUCUCCCGUGCGUCAGCGAGACCACAUUCGACGUGUUCGUAUGGUUCGGCUGGACAAACUCCUCGCUGAACCCCAUCAUCUACGCGUUUAACGCGGAGUUUCGCAAGGCUUUCGCCAGUCUGCUGGGCUGUCGGAUACGCUGCUCCGGUACUCCAGUGGAGACGGUAAACAUCAGCAACGAGCUCGUGUCUUAUAACCAGGACACACUGUUUCACAAAGAGAUCGUGAACGCGUACGUGGAAAUGAUCCCGAACGUAGUGGAUUGUAUCGACACAGAGGACACAUUUGACCGGAUCUCGCAGUUCUCCCACCACAACGACUCGGUUUGUGAUUUAGACGAGUGUGAGGCGGACAUGCGCGCCUCUUUCACUCCGAACGGAAUUCACGGCCCGUGAAGUUUGUCGUGGGGGUUUCAAAGGCGCAUUUAAAGAACUUAUCGUGGGAUAAACUUCAGUCAGAGCUCUUUAUCAUCGGACAUUCAUCUACCUGUACUGACAUUUACACACUGCGCACAGCAAACACUCAAAC